GUUAUUGCAAUAUGAUAAAAGUUUAUGCAUUCAAGACCGCCUAUUAUACAUUCUUAUACUAAGACCGUUUCUCAAUAUUCUGCUGUUCUACACAUAGCGAAAGUUUUAUUACGCAAUACUAUUUGUUUUAUUUGUUAAAGGAAAUAAAAAUUAUCUCCAUUAUUUAUUCUUCUUUUGUGCUCUCUCUCUCUAUUCAUCGUCCCUCGUCUGUCUCUCCUGGUUUCGAUCGAGCGAAGAACGAAGCUAUAAUCGAGCAAAACAUUCAGCAUCAAUUGAGACAUUCGAGCUAAAUUCGACCAAUUUGAAGUUUGUAUUAUAUAGGAAAAAAAUAGCAAAAAAAAAAAUCGAGAAAAAAAUUAGGGUUUUUAGUUUUUAAUUUGUCUUUUUGUGUUUAUUUAUUGUAUUUUAGUUUAUUUGUAGCUGCUUCUCGUAAUUUAAUGAGAAAUUUGUCUCAAGUAUAAUACUCAUAAUUUUUAUUUUUAGUUUUUUGCCUUUUUUUGGUUCAUCAGUUACAUUUGUUUGUUGUAAGUGAAUUUAUUUGGAAAAAAAGGGAAAAAAAUUGUGGCUGAAGAUUAAUUUUGUUAUUAUAUGCAAAAAAAGAUUAGAGCCUUGUUGGCCCUGUCAAAAAAAGGAAAAAAUUAGAGCUUUAUAGAGUUAUUGUGUUUUUAUUGAGUAAAAAAGAAAAAAGGAGAAAAAAUUAGUUCUUUAGUGUUGUUUGGAGGCGAUGAGUAGCACUGCUUAUGGAAUAUCUGAGCCAAUUUCAACUGGUGGACCAACUGAAUUGGAUGUUGUUCGAAAUCGCGAAUUAGAAAAGUUUCUUUCAGAUGCAGGCUUGUAUGAAAGUCAUGAAGAAGCCAUUAAAAGGGAAGAAGUACUAGGGAGAUUAGACCAGAUUGUGAAGACGUGGGUGAAAAAUGUCUGUCGUGCUAAAGGCUUCAAUGAUGACCUGGUGCAUGAGGCAAAUGCAAAAAUUUUCACAUUUGGUUCAUAUCGGCUUGGUGUACAUGGUCCUGGUGCUGAUAUAGACACUUUAUGUGUAGGACCUCGACAUGCAAUGCGGGAGGACUUCUUUGGUGAACUUCAUAGAAUGCUUGAAGAGAUGCCUGAAAUACAAGAACUUCAUCCUGUUCCUGAUGCUCACGUUCCUGUUAUGAAGUUCAAGUUCAAUGGGGUUUCUAUAGAUCUUCUUUAUGCAAAUGUAUCACUCUGGGUUAUUCCUGAGGACUUGGAUGUUUCACAGGAGUCUAUGCUACAGAAUGUGGACGAUCAGACUGUUCGUAGUCUUAAUGGAUGCAGAGUAACUGAUCAAGUUUUGCAUUUAGUACCCAAUAUUCAGAGUUUCCGCACCACACUGAGAUGCAUGAGAUUAUGGGCAAAGAGACGUGGAGUUUACUCAAAUGUUACUGGAUUUCUAGGCGGUAUAAAUUGGGCAUUGCUUGUUGCUAGGAUUUGCCAGCUUUAUCCUAACGCAUCUCCUAGCAUGUUGGUCUCUCGGUUUUUCAGAGUCUAUAGUUUGUGGCGCUGGCCAAACCCUGUUUUGCUGUGUCCAAUAACUGAAGGAUCUCUUGGGCUUGCCUAUUGGGAUCCUCGGAGGAAUUAUAAAGAUAGGCAGCAUUUAAUGCCAAUAAUAACUCCAGCAUAUCCCUGCAUGAAUUCUAGUUACAAUGUUUCAACGAGUACCUUGCGUGUCAUGAUGGAAGAAUUCCAUAGAGGAAAUGAAAUUUGUGAGGAAAUAGAAGCUAACAAAGCUAGCUGGGAAAGUCUAUUUGAGCCUUUCCCUUUCUUUGAAGCCUAUAGAAACUACUUGCGAAUAGACAUAGCUGCAGAAAGUGACGAUGACAUGAGGCAAUGGAAAGGAUGGGUUGAAUCUAGGAUUCGCCAGCUCACUCUGAAGAUUGAGAGAGACACCGUCGGUGUACUUCAAUGCCAUCCACAUCCGGGUGAAUUCUCAGAUAAAUCUAAGCCAUUUCACCAUUCUUAUUUUAUGGGUUUGCGUAGAAAACAAGGUGCUAAUCCUCAACAAGGCGAACAAUUUGAUAUAAGGGCGACAGUUGAGGAAUUUAGGCGAGAUGUAUAUGCAUAUUUAUUUUGGAAAGCUAGCAUGUGGAUUAAUGUGUGUCAUGUAAGACGAAAAGAUCUUCCUGACUUUGUCUUCCCGGGAGGAGUACGCCCUACUCAGCCUGCAAAAAGUGAUAGUCGUUCAGUUACAAGAUCACUCGGUUCUUCUAAAACAUCAUCUCCCGAUGCUGCGACUUUUAGCAGAAAGAGAAAACAUGACGAAGUUAAUACAGGUUUUAGCUCAAAAGAGUCCCUGGCCAUGAGUUGCAGUGAUGCUAGCUCACCAGGUGAAACUAGAGAGUUGAAACGCGUUGAAGCUGAUGUUGGCGAUACCUUGAGUAGUGCUACGCUUGUUGAUAACCAAGUUGAAGUUUCUAUCAAAAGCCCAUUGCCUUUGCCUGCGUCAGGUGCUGCUGUAACAGAGACAAUAACAGUCGGGCAAUCUGCAGAACUGACUGGGGGCCAGCAAAGUGGAUCUCAUGGUGUUGAAAAUCUUGGGGAUGAACUGGAGUUGACCAGUGGAGUUAAGCAUUUUGAUGGGGCUAAUGAGCUGCAGACAGAGCCCCCUACACCAGAGCAAAUUGUUGGGGCGGCAACAUCAGAGGAAAAGGACAGAAUUGGUGGUUCUAGCCCUAAUGUCUUACAAACCGACAGCUUGGAAGAACUUGAGCCGAUUGAGCUAGCACCGUCCUCCAGCAUUGCAGCUGCUGCAUUUGUGGUUCCUCAGAAGCCUCUCAUUAGGUUCAAUUUUACUUCUUUGCGGAAAACAACUGAGAGCACAUGAAGAUAUGUGCAGUGAUCAGAUGCUGGAGCUCGGAGCUAUUUCUAUGUUGAAGGCGCGGGAGAGAAAUGGAAUAACGAAAAAAGGAGAGCUGUUAUCCAUUUUCGGCUGGAGGUGCAACUACAUCUUGCAAUCUCUUAGGCUAAGCCAUGAAUGUUUCUAAAGCAAAAAAAGAGAGAAAAAGAAAAAAAAAAAUUGAAUCCAAUUUUAACUGAGAUUUGGAUUUCUUGUAAAUUAUCAGUUGUUUAAUACUCAAUACCCACCUUUCAUUUGGACAAGAGACUCAUUCUCAAGUGCCUUUUGGGUGCUUAUUGUAAAUUAUUAUAUGGAUAAUAUCUUAUCUAAAUAAUAUGUAUCUGAACUUUUAUGGUUUGUGUAA